AUGCAGAACCUGGAGCAGAUACUCUAUGUUUCGACGACAGUGUUAGGACAGGCCAUUGACCUGCUGGAAAACUCGCUCGUCUCCGACGAGCAGCUUACCGUCCAAUCAAAAUACUUGCCAGGAUCGACGAUCGGCAAACAUCUCCGCCACGCCCGGGACCACUUCGCCAUUCUCCUCGACUGCAUUACCUCCCCCGCCCCACACAUCAUGUCCUACGAUAAGCGUUCACGGAACACACCUAUGGAGAGCAAUAGGCAGGCUGCGAAAGAGGCGAUUCAGGAGACGAUGGAUAGAUUGAAGGAGGUCGUGCCAAAGUCCAGAUUGGACGAGCCGUUGACUUUGAACGCGAUUACGCCGUAUGAGCAGACGUUCCAGUCGACUUUUGGGAGGGAGGUAUGGUUCGGGGCGCUGCACGCUGUUCAUCAUUGGUCGAUGGUCCGCGUCAUUGCAGGCGAACUCAACAUCACCCUUGAAGACUCAUUUGGCUAUGCGCCCUCCACGCUCGUCUACAAAGGCAGCUCCGAUGCUCCCUUGGGCAAGGCCAAGAUCUAA